ACGCGGCCACCGAUCAAGUCUGGAACGUGUAUAGUGAUAGUGAAUAGUGAUAGCGCAUUAUGCCAUCGCUCAAUCGUGAGCCGUAUUAAAAUAAUAAAAUGUACACGAUUAAACUUUACUUCAUAGACGUUAUACCUUAAUUUUUCAGAUUAUUUUCAUCCGUGCGGUAUUUGUUUCGAAUAUAAUUCUCGUAUCGUGUUCUCUCGGCAGUUUAUUCAUUAACUCUCAAUAUUGUGAACUUCGAUUGACAGUGCAAUGAAUUAUAACGACAACACAUUCAAUACUAUGCCGGGUAACAGCAGCAAUAAACGUCUAACAAGACGACCUAUGGAAACGCCUGGUUUAGAUGUUAAUAGUAUGCCUCCACAACAAGUACAGUACAACUAUGCCCAACCAACUAUGUACUCUCAGCCAUCAGAGCCCCAAACAAUGCCUUCUCAACAACAAUUCUAUUACAAUGACUUUACAUCAGUUCCAUCACCACCACAACAUGGGUAUGGCAAUAGCGAUUUUGGAUACGUUGGAUCCAUGCCAACAGAUAACAUAAAUCACCGACAACAUUACACGCCAAGCCCUGGUCCAAGUCCUCAACCAACACAACCAGUAAUUUUUAAUCCUACAACUAAUUUAGUUGAUGCAUUUGGAAGUAAUCCUCUCUUAGCAGGAGCUACUGUACGAUACGGACAGAAAAUUUUGGGGCAGGUUGUUGAUGAAAAUGUUGGCAAAUAUACAAGCGGAAUAAGUUCAGAAAUAAAACGUUAUUUUGCUGUAGACACCCGUUAUGUGAUCAACAAACUUGGUUUAUUAUUGUUUCCAUUUGUCCAUACAGAUUGGUCCAUUAUGCUAGAAUCAACAGAACAAUCGGAUGAUCGUCGAAGAGCAAGACCAAAAACAGAUAUCAAUGCACCAGAUCUUUAUAUUCCUACUGUAGCUUUUGUAACAUAUUUACUGUUUUUGGGUCUCAUACUUGGUAAACACGGGCAAUUCAGCCCAGAACUUUUAAGUGUACAGGCUUCUCGUGUUCUUGCUUGGGAAGUAAUAGUGGUUUUAGUGGAGAUAAUGGCAUUAUAUGUUACAAAUAUACAAAGUUCAUUACGUGCUUUUGACCUAACUGCGUAUUCAGGAUACAAGUAUUUUGGAAUUAUAAGCUGUAUUCCAGUUGGUUUGCUUUUUGGAGAAACUGCAUUUUAUCUUUCCUUACUAUACAUUGGAAUUGCAUUUAUGUACUUUUUGUUAUUUUCAAUGAGAUGGCAGUUGAAUUCAAUAGCGACAGUUGCAAAUGUUGGCCAACCAGUAGUAAUGGUCGAGUACAAGCGUAAAAGAACAUUAUACUUCCUGAUUUUAGCAGUGGCCAUUCAGCCGAUAACUACGUGGUACCUUAUAUCAUAUUUAACAUUUACCAUGAGAUGAAUAUAACUGGAAGACAUUUCAAGAAAAUUAUUUAUGCCAUCAAGCAAUCCAACCAUGCUAUUAAAAACUGUAUAUAUUAUAUACAUAUUGUCUUUUCAUGUUUUAAUAGU